AUGGCCACGUCUGUGCGCCUUGCCCUUCAUCCCACACUUUCCUUCGCAGUAAAGGGCAACAAGAAAGGCGAGCGUCGCUGCUGGCUUAACUGGUAUUUUGGGAACACAAACAAGAGCUCCUGGGUACAUAUCACUUCUCUUUUGGUGCUUUUCUUUCUUGCUGUGUUUUGUCAAAAAAUACAACUUCAAUUUCCUUUCACUAGAAAACGUCAGGCUAAGAGAAGAGUAGUUGUUUUCCUUGCCAUGAACUUGUCAAUGGGAUUUCUUUUCAGCCUUCCACCAAUUGUUGGUUGGAGUUCUUACAACGGUCUCCCUCAGUCACGUUCUCAUAUUCUGUUCAACUAUGAUCAAACUCCCUCAAACUAUUCUAUCCUCUAUCUCGGGUGUUCUUUCGCUCUUCAUUCCGUAACUAUCUUUCUUGCUAUCAAAGCGUUGAGACAUCGUCGGUGGUACCCAGUACUACUCCUCUGGGAGCGACAUAUAUGCGAGAUGAAGAUAAACGACCCUGAAAUGACAACAGCCACCAGCUCAAGAUCAAGUCAGUCACGUGGCACAAGCCGGUCGAACAGGUCAUACUGGUCUAGGCGGUCAAGCGGAAGGUCUGGUGUUACGUCUGUUACUGCAACUCCUCUAGCUUCGAGGAAGUCUUCGUAUCAAUCUCGUUUGCACCAAGAGAAUCUUUUACUCGAAGUUCUUCUCCGCCAGGGAAACCUAGACGGAAAAAGCUUGACCACUCCAGGAACUGGUGCGAAUGGAGGCACUGGAAAGAAAAUGAAUGUCUUCGCACACCCUGUCAACAGUUUAGUGAAGGAGGCCGAAUGGGAAACCCGACGUCCUUCAAAUCCAAGGGAUCCGUUCGCUAUCUCGUCAAGAAUCUCCCACAAACUCCCGAGGAAACGAGUUUUCCAAAACCCGCGAGUAAUUCUUCCUCCUUUCACAUCUCUUAAGCAACGGCAAUCUCUAUCACGUUAUCUUGUGCUAAAAUCUUGCGUGGCCAUGCUGAGUUGGCUCCCUACAUAUUUUUCAGUGGCGUUACAGCUCACUUCAGUUCACUCCUCCCAGGGGUUAGGACCUUUACUUCCGUGGCUGAUUUUCUUCCAGUCCUCAUUCUCUUCUCUGGUCCCAUUAUGUGACGCGGGCUAUAGGCUUGUGCUAUUCAAGUCAGCGUACUCCAUUUUUAAGGCAUGCGUAAUUACAAAGAAGACCCAAAGCAUUGAGUCAGAUGACGUCGAAUUCAAGUUGGAAGGAACUCGUCAUGUUCGACUGAUUCAUAUAAGACCCCUCCAGAUACAAACGCUGGAGUCAAACUCUGUAUAA